CUAGAGAGAUGAAGUGAAAAAUAGGCAUUGACAAUGUAAGCUCCAAUUUUUAUUAUUAUUAGAAUCAACAGACAUAAAAUUAUUGGCUCAAAUCACUGUGACUAUUUCCAAAUGCCUACUCUCAACUUCUGUACUUGCCUUGUUGGGAAGGGGGCAGUGACUGUGGACCACUCUUUAAAUAGCAAGGUAAUAGGUGAGAAAACCAAGACCCAACAAAGCUAAGCCACUCCUUUGGGUCCUGACUCCGAAACUAACUCCGUGUCACUAGGGAUGUUGGUCCAAUCCUCUCGGUAGAGUUAAAACAAACAAACAAAAAACUGAAAACAAAAAACAGAGGCCCAGAGAGGGCAAGCACCAGGCCCCCAAUCACACAGUGACUCGCUGGACACGUGGAAACUGGACCCAGAUAUCUGUCCCCCGGCCUAGAGCCGUUCCCCCCACCCACAGAGCGCCUGUCUGAACUGCGCAGGGCCCUGGACGCCGCCCAAGGCCUGAGUCACGCAGGAAUGCGGGGGAGGCAUUUUUGAAGGGGGUGUGGCGUCUGGCCUCCCCCUCAACCGCCCGCAGCGCCCGGCCCCGCUGUCCUGCACCUUCCCCGCCCUCUUGGGGACGGCGGGAGCGGCGCUGGCCGGUUCCGAUGAAUCAACUGGCUCUCUUGCUGUUCCAAAAAUAAAUAUGCCAGAGAAGGGGACACCAACCUUACGAGCAGCCCCUUUCUCCCCCUCCCACCGCCAGCCCCGCCUCCAGCUGCACACUGAGCCCUGCGGCUCCGCCCACGGCCCGAGCCCCCUGCCGUACACUCGCAGAAGCAGCCAUCUCCCCUCCACUUCCGGAAACGAAUUAAGAAGUGAAGUCACCGUGCGCCUCUGAUACACUGGCGCGUCUGCCUAGGGCUGCCUGAGCCGGGCCUUAUAAAUAUCUCCCCAAACUAGUGCGGUGACCGGAGAGCGGUCUCAAUGCUCAGUCCUGAUUAGGAACAGCCUCCUCCUCCCAGGACUACCCGUCCCUCUGAGAGCACACUUUCGCAUUCACAGACAACGGAGCAGUUGCCCUUUGCACAGUGCCUAAGGCAAUUACUGGAAAUAAUUCAAACGCCAGCAACAACAGCUUCUGCCUUCUGCAAAAAAAAAAAAAAAAAAAAAGAUCAUUAAAAGACAUAACAGAGAGAUCCUUGGGGGCAGGAUUAUUACCAUAAGCAGAAAAAGAGGGAAAAGAGGACCCCAUCCAUCUUACUGGCACAGGCUGAGUACGCAUGCACACACACAUUUAUGACCAGGUAGGCUGGAGAACUGUCGUACUUACGAUCUGGGUGUCAACAGCUUUUCUGAGAUAUAUUUUCAUAGGAACUUCAGAGCAAUGAACAAACGAUUACUGUCAGUGGGCAGCUACCAUGUAUUGUACUAAGCAUUGCCCAAGAGGAGGUGUGCCUAGCACAAAGUGGGUACUUAAUAAAUAUUUGUUCGGAUGAAUGGAUGGAUGGAUAUGAAUUGGUGGGAUGGAUAUGGAUGGAUGGAUAAGAGGAUGGAUGGAUGGAUGGAUAGAUAGGCCGAUAAAUGGGUAGAUGGAUAUGAAUGGAUGGAGGCAUAUGGAUAGAUUGAUGGAUCCACGGAUGGAUGGAUAGGUGGGUGGAUGGAUGGGAGAAUGGAUAGAUAGAUGGAUGGGUAAAUGAACAGAUGGUGGGAAAUGGAUGGAUGGAAAAGAAAUUACUUCUAUUCUUCAUAACAAGGUUGUAAGAAGUGGCAAACACAUUUUACAGUUGAGGAAAUGAAGCUCAAAGAGGUUAUCUGCCAAAGUCACUCAUCAGAUCAGCAACUGCACUGGCGUGCAAACCCACCUUUGGGACCCUAGCUUCCGGUUGAAGAAAGCGCUCUGUAACAGCCACCAGCAGCUAACAAUUAGUGAUCAGGGAUUCUGUGCCAGGCAAUGUUCUGAGUAUUUACAUGUCGUAUCUUAUUCAAUCCUCCGAUAAACCUAAUGAAAUCGAUCUAGGAAAACGAGGCAUAGGAAAGCUAAGACACUUGCUGAAGGUCACAGAGCCAAUAAGAGGCAGAGCUGGACUCAAACCUCAGCAGUGUGACUUCAGUCAAGGGCUCUUUUCCACUUUGCCGCCUCUUAGAGGCCAGACACAAAUCAUCAAAUGUGUUGAAUGGAGGAAUAUGCUGAAAUAAGUGAACAAAGCAGGCUGGGCUGCCGAGGGGCAGGGGAAUUGCUGACUCCUUGGAGCAGAGUGGGUGGCCGCGAAGAAGGGGCUGGGGGCCCUGCCCUGGGGCCGGUCUCUCUGGCCAACAAGGACCAGACCUCAGAGGGGACAGUCACCCUCCCCGAGAGCCAGCAUCUGCCUCGGGGUCUGACCCUGGCUGGGGCCACGUGAAGAGCUUAGAUUAGAAUCAGAACGCCCAGAUGCACCCGUCUGCCCAGCUGGACGUGAGGAGGCAGGGCUGGGUCAUCUGUGAAUGGGGAGACACGGUCCUAAGGAACGGUCACAGGAGGCGCAGUAGAGGCCCCAGGCGCUGAAUGGGAGAGAGGAGGAAGGAGGGAGAGCCUGCUGGAUAAAGGCAGGGAGCACGUCUCCGCCCAAAGGCCUCCCUCAGCUGCCCAAGGUCCUGGGGCCACACCAGGAUCCAGAGCCCAGGCCGGGUGCUAGCAGGCAUCAACACCGGCCGGGCAUGGCCAUGACAGGGGAGGGGUGGGCUUCAGAGGUCAGAACACCUCAGCCGGCAGGAUCCAGGCCCUGGGGGUUUGACUGAAUCUCCACAGUCAUGGUGCAUGUACCAGGUCAGCGUUGGAACGGUCCCCCAGGGCCUAUAGUCCCCAGCUUCUCGGAUCUGCAAGCAACAGCAACUCUGGACCUCUGCCCAUAUAGACCAGAUGUAGAAAGAUGCCAGCCCUUUCCAUCCACUCUCCAAAGCCAUGGGGCGUUCCCCAAGCAACUUGGGCCUUCUUUUCCAAACAUCCAGCACACUACUCCUGCAUCUCUGCCUCCAAACCCCCAGCCCCCCAAAUUCCCAGCCAGCCACCACCUCCACCUCCAAGAAGCCCUCCGGGAAGAAGUGCCAUCCUUUCCAAGGAGAUGAGGACCAUAUUCAUAUUCUUCCUUCCAGCCCUUCCCUUGCAUCCAGGGGGCCAUAUGAGAGGUUAUGUGACCUCCGCUAAACCCCUGCAGAGAGAAAGCUGGAGGUUGAGAUUUACGAGCGGGUCCUGGAAGGACCUCUGCCCACCCAAGUCAGCUUUUGAACAUCGCCUGCAGCCUGAAAUCUCACCCCGUGAACUUUGCUCCCCACCAACAUACCACCCCCAGGGUGGGGCUGCAUCCUCAGCUGUCUCCGGGGGGACCCAGGGAUCUGAGGCCUGGCACGGGAGCUCAGAAUCCAGCCACACGAGAAAAACAGGGCUCAACACUGGACCUACAACACGGUCAUGUCCACUCCCCCCGACCAAAAGAGUUACACUGGAAAGAAAAACACCAAAGCAAUAAUAAUUUUAGUACUAGAGAAAUACAAAUGGGAGAUGCUUGUGUUUUGUUUUUGCUAUUCCCUUAAUUUUCUGCCAUGUGGCUAGGUUAUAAGAAAAAGUAAUUUUAAUAAUAACUUGAUGCAUAGAGAGGAUCCCCUUCCCCCCCAAAAGUGGGAAAACGAUUCACUUGGGAGUCGAAGUUUGAGCUCUGGCGUCACUGGUGCCCACUCGCCCUGCCAAUUAGUCUCAUCCAUUCAUGUACUCAUUCAACCAACUACUAUGGAAACAGCCCAGGAACACACGGCCCCCAUGUUACAGACAAGACGGCUAAGGCUCAGUGCCACUAAAUGAAAUCACAAAGAGAAAGUAGCUAUGCCAGUGCUUAAUGCACAGCAGGGAUUAACGAAAAGUUAAGUGACUUGGCUGAAAGCAAUCUUUUUUUUUUUUUUCCGUUUUCCCAAAUGGGGCCUCGGUCACCAUUUCAGUGGGAUGCGAGAGCAGGAUUCUCUGAAUGCCCACGUUCCUCGCAGCUGCAAAGGAGGGAUGGGGUGGCAGCAGCAGAGGAAAGUCUGAGGUCGCUGCAGGACCAGCGUGGGGAGAGCAAAGCCUGUGUCCUCCACGGGUGCUGCGCUCAGAUACCAGAUGCCUCCACCAGCCAGGAUGACGCGGCCCUCACCUCACCGCGUGCCGGAUCCUAACACAGCUCUCAGGCCGCUGCACCUCCCUCUAAACACCUCCAGGACCCCAAACCGGGCGGGAUUCAGCGACGGCUCCCAACUCGCCCCCCAAGUGCAUCCUCACAGCUGCGGCAGCCAGAAGGAGCCACUCAAAACUCAGAUCAGAGAUGCAGAGGACAGGCUGCUGGUUUCCAGAGGUGGAUUUCGAAGACGUGAUCGCGGAGCCCGUGGGCACGUACAGCUUUGAUGGCGUGUGGAAGGUGAGCUACACCACCUUCACCGUCUCCAAGUACUGGUGCUACCGCCUGCUAUCCACGCUGCUGGGGGUCCCGCUGGCCCUGCUCUGGGGCUUCCUGUUCGCCUGCAUCUCCUUCUGCCACAUCUGGGCGGUGGUGCCCUGCAUCAAGAGCUACCUGAUCGAGAUCCAGUGCAUCAGCCACAUCUACUCGCUCUGCAUCCGCACCUUCUGCAACCCGCUCUUCGCUGCCCUGGGCCAGGUCUGCGGCAACAUCAAGGUGAUGCUGCGGAAAGAAGUGUGAGGCCGGGCGGGCAGGAGGGGUGGCGGGACAGGGGAGCCCGGCCGGGCUGGCCCCACCAUCGGGCUCUGCGGGGCUGCCGGCAAGCUCUUUCUCCUUGGGGAGCGCCGCUUCCCCCCGAGACGGGAGCACACAGAGUAGGGAAGCCGGAGAGAAAAGACAGCCCGCCAUGGAAGCGCGGUGGCCUCCCCUCCGCCCCCUGCCCCACCACAAUGCCCCCAUGACCGGGUGCCAGGAAGAUCAUUGGCUAAGAGGCAGCUACCGCAAAUCUUUGCAUUCACUUGUACUGUAACGGCAUAACCCAGCCCUCAGCUCCCACCUGGACGCACCCCCUCCCCCCCGCCCAGGAAACCACCAGUGACUGCUGGCAUUAGCAGGGUGGCUCCAAUAAAGGGUUUCCGGCUGCAUGUGGGAAAUGCUGUGUUUUCCAUG